AGUUGCUUCUCUCCUCCCCACAACUGUUUGUUGUAAGCUGCUGCUGCUAGUGCUGUUUUUAUUCUUAUUAUUAAAAAAAAAAAAAAAUGUGAAAGCCUAGCUAGAUCUUCAUUUCUAUAUUGCACCACCGUUUCAUCUUUCUUUCUUCUUUCAUCUGUUCCAUGAGAAUCUAAAGCUUAGGAAUUUCAGAGAUGGGCAAGGAAGAAGUAAUUAACAAGUCCAAGGCUGAAGCAGCAGCAGCAGGGGAGGAAGAAGUGUCAAUUGGUGUUCGUACCAGAGCCAAGACCCAGGCUUUACAAGAGGGGCUACUCCACCACAACUCUGCCGCUCCGGCUGCUGCUGGUGACGGAUCCUACUUGCAGCUGAGGAGCCGGAGACUCCAAAGGCCCCUAAAUUUCCCAUGCCAAACCAAACGGAACCCAAUUCCUAGAUUAUCUAAAUCUACUCCUCCUACCCCUCAUGAUUCCAGGACUACUACUACUACUACUUCAAACUCGAAAGUAAUUGGUUCUAUAAAUUCUAGGGCUAUUGGAACGACCGCCUCGUUUAAUUGUUUGGGAAUUCAAUCGGAGAUCAGCAAGGCUGAAGGGGGUGCUGAAGAAGAACGGAACAUUAAUCUCCAUGUGGGUCCUGUUGAAGCUUCUUCUUCUUCUUCUUUUGGAGAUGAAGAAUGUACAACGAGAUUGAUCAGUGACAGAAGAAGCAGGGAAAGUACACCAUCUUCAUCUUCUUCAGCAUCAUCAGCAGCAGCAGAAACAGCAAGAAGAAGAAGAAGGAGGAGGAAGAGAUCACGAUUGAUGCCAACGUCAAAUGAAAUGGACCGAUUCUUCUUGGGACACGAACAACAACAACAAACUCAAUUCAUGGAAAAGUAUAACUUUGACCCUGUGAAUGAUAAGCCUCUCCCUGGACGUUUUGAAUGGAAAAAGCUGGACCCAAAGUAAAAGCAGCAGUAGUAGCCGUUGAUGUUUGAAGUUGACAACUAACUAACUUAUUAGUUACUAUUAAUAGUAGCUACCAGAAGAAUUAGUUAAUUAGUUGGUUGGGUAUUUAAGAAAGAAAGGGGGGAAGGAAGAGGGUUUUGUAUAAUUUCCAUUUUGCCAUCAGCCUGUUGCCUAUAUAUAAAUAUAUAUGUACAUCAUCAUCAUGCAUCAUGUAAAGGAAGUUAACAGCAACAUGCAGAGUAAAGACACACUAUAUAUGGUCAUCACCCUUUCAAGAAAAAGACAACUUAUGCCUUUGUGGCUUAUUAUUA